AUGUCAAUGGUCAUCACAACUUCAAUUGCUCCUCACUUCAGGCAAAUAAUCUUGGGCUGCUGGACGGCAUUUUUAUUAUGGAGGCAGUCAAACGCUUGGUUGGUGCGACGCGGUCGAUUUGGAAUACUCUUGCCCAACACGCGAAUGUUGUACAGUUACUGCAUCAUCUUGGAGGCUAUCGCUGCCUUUAUUGCACUUGACGGCGUGAACAUCGCUCUGGUAAAAGACAGGACAAACCUCCACGUCAUGAGACUGACAAUCCUAGGGCUAAAAUGGAUCCCCCUAUGGUGGUCAGGAUGCUCUCAUUGUAGGAUCUUCGUUUGGGGCACGAUGUCAAGCGUACUUUUGAAAAAAGGAAUGAAUCUAGGAGAAUCUGAUCAAUCCAACGGUCAAUUUUGGGGGAGCGUCUGGGCGAUCAAUAUACUCUCAAUCUCUCUGCCAGUGAUCAUUGCUAUAAUCGAGACAGCCGUAUUUAUAGCAAGCUCUAUCGCAUUCUAUAACGCUUCUCGAGGUCUUUCGAACGUGAUGCAAGAUCUCGCAGAGCUGAUUCCUACUUUCCAAGCCAACGCGUCUAUCAAAACAAUGGAAACGCUGACGACUGCAUUGAGGCAAUUAGAUAAAUCAACCCGUCUCAGGGACCAAGCUCGCACGCACUUUAUCUCGGGCUACAGGAUUUGGGCUUUCAUAACUAUCCUCCUCAACGUGGUGUUCACACCUUUCGCGGUCGUACAAGUCCGCUUCCUCCAAAAAGCUAUCAAGAUGUCGAAAGCGGAGCCCGCGCUCAAAUCAGACUUCCGAAACAAAAUAGAAGCUUACAGUCCACGGGUUUCUGGAGCAUCUUAUAGUUCUGGAAAGCCGAUCUUGAUUCCCAAUCCGACGAAUUCAAACAGGAAACCCGAUCACACUGCACAAUUUAGAUCUAUCAUACUCAUGAUCAUCCUCAUCUAUAUGACUACCAUGUUUUACGCCAUAAUCACCUUUUUCAUUGUCAUAUCACCAGUCACUUCAGCCAAUAGAGACGUAUUCCUCAUCAUCUGUUUGCUUAGUGGAGAUAGCGUUGGGGCUGUCCUUGGGAAUGUAAUCAUUAUUCCUUUCUUUGUUCAAGCUUGGAGAGUUAGCCCGGUAGAAAACAAAUCUAAACCUGAGACCUCGUCAAAGUCUCUUAAGGGGUUAUCGGAACUGAAUACACUUGUCUGA